AUGGAAUCUUUUGAUAUGGAUAUCCAGCCAACUAAAUCCAACAAUAACUCAACAGUGACAAAUUCAUUACGUUCAAAACCGGUUUUACAUGUAGAGUGUUGUUUAAAGACACAAAGCACAGCCAGAAACGAAGUAAUUCAAGAAAGUGUUGAAAAAUUUCUACGAGAAUUUAAGUCUUCAGUAUUAUGCUACUCGGAAAUCACAGACUUUUAUGAUAUCCCAUUGUUGGGUGAACAUGUCGAAAGUAUGAAGAUUGCAGAGGCUGGGGGUAGUGGUGAUGAUGAUAGUGAAGCGAUUUAUAUUCUUGAUGAUGUGAACUUGGCUAUUCACGUGUACCAAUUGGAGGAGGAGGGUGCGGUUGAUGAAUUCCAGGAAGAAGAAAACGUGUUGACUGCACAUCAUUGGGAAUUGCCAUCGCGAGCCUUGGAAGGAUUAUGGGAUAAUCUUAUAUUUGACAAUAAUGUGAAAACGCGAUUGAUUGAGUAUAUCUCAACCACGGUGUUAUUCUCCGAUCGCAAUAUCAAUCCUAAUAUUAUCUCCUGGAAUAGAGUUGUCUUAUUACAUGGACCUCCAGGAACAGGAAAAACCAGUCUCUGUCGUGCUUUUGCGCAAAAAUUGGCGAUUCGGUUGUCUAAAAGGUACACUUAUGGAAAACUUCUCGAGAUAAACAGCCACAGUCUAUUCUCAAAAUGGUUUUCCGAAUCCGGAAAACUGGUGCAAAAGCUUUUUCAGCAGAUCCAGGAUAUGAUCGAUGAAGAGGAUUGUUUUGUGUGUGUGUUGAUAGAUGAAAUAGAAAGUCUGACCGCUUCACGGAAAUCUUCGUUAUCUGGGUCAGAUCCAUCGGAUGCUGUUAGGGUAGUAAACGCGUUGUUAACACAAAUAGAUAAACUGAGACACAAGAAAAAUGUCUUGAUAUUAGCGACAUCAAAUAUCACUGAGGCGAUAGACGUCGCGUUUAUCGACCGUGCAGAUAUAAAGCAGUUUAUCGGGCUGCCAUCACAAAAAGCCAUAUACACUAUUCUCUCAAGCUGCAUACAAGAAUUGAUUCGUGUUGGGAUUAUUAGUACAGAGGAAACAUUACUCGAUUGGCGAGCCGCAGAACUAUACCGCGACGCAACGAGUAACCACGAAGUGAUUCCGAGUAUGAAGUUAUUUGAAAUAUCGAAAAAGUGUCAGGGAAUGAGUGGCCGCGUUCUGCGGAAACUCCCGUUUCUGGCGCACGCACAUUUCCUACAAUCAUGGGAAACCACCAAACUCUUGGAUUUCCUUAGUGCGUUGGACGCGACAGCUACCGAAGAAUCAUCAUCCUCAUUUCGAACAUGA